AUGUCAAAAACGGCUGGAUCAAUUGUUGAAGCUGCAUUGAAGAGGGAUCCUCAUGAGGUUGAGUUCAUACAGUCUGUCCAAGAAGUGGUUCAUGCUUUAGAAAGAGUAAUUUCAAAAAACUCCAAUUAUGUCAAUACAAUGGAGCGCUUGUUAGAACCUGAGCGUAUGAUUCUUUUCCGGGUUCCAUGGGUUGAUGAUAGGGGUGAAACACAUGUCAAUCGAGGAUUUAGAGUUCACUUCAACCAGACAUUAGGUCCAUGUAGAGGUGGACUCCGUUUUCAUCCGUCAAUGAACUUGAGUAUUGCCAAGUUUCUUGGUUUUGAACAG